AUGGCUUUUAGAAGAGCUGUCUUAUUCAAAGGGAACAAAAAGAUUAUUCUUGAGUCCCUGGAAACAAAUUGCGAUCAUGAUUACAUGGAGUACUUCCAUAAGGUCCCAAAUUCUAGCCAACAUAUCCAUACUUUCCGAGUGACAAAACUGGUUUCUGCUUUUAGCAUCGAUCUCAUAGAGAAGGUAACAAAAACACAGAGACUCUAUUACAAAACCAAAAUCAAUGGGGGCUGCGAUUUUAUAAACAAUCCGAUGCUGUACAAAUUAUUUGGAGAAAGCUUCCAAAGAAUGGCGGUGAAUAGUAGUUUAUUAAGGUGUCCAAUUAAUCCGGGGGUUUAUUAUAUGAGAAUCGAUUCCCCGUCAUCGAUUACUCCCUCUAUCCAUUCACCUGGAAGAUUUCAGUUCUUGGUACGGACAAAAGCUACGAAUAGUUCUCAACCAUUCUUUCUAGAAAUGUUGUGGAAGUACAAAAUUGUUUAUAUCAAAUAA